GCCCCCCAAUACAGCACCGCGGUGCGACCCGCACGUACGGCCCAAGGCUGGGACAGAGAGACAGUCGCACAGUCAGGGGAUGGCGGAGAGACAGUCGCACAGUCAGGGGAUGGCGGAGAGACAGUCACACAGUCAGGGGAUGUCGGAGAGACAGUCGCACAGUCAGGGGAUGGCGGAGAGACAGUCGCACAGUCAGGGGAUGGCGGAGAGACAGUCGCACAGUCAGGGGAUGUCGGAGAGACAGUCGCACAGUCAGGGGAUGUCGGAGAGACAGUCGCACAGUCAGGGGAUGGCGGAGAGACAGUCGCACAGUCAGGGGAUGGCGGAGAGACAGUCACACAGUCAGGGGAUGUCGGAGAGACAGUCGCACAGUCAGGGGAUGGCGGAGAGACAGUCGCACAGUCAGGGGAUGGCGGAGAGACAGUCGCACAGUCAGGGGAUGUCGGAGAGACAGUCGCACAGUCAGGGGAUGUCGGAGAGACAGUCGCACAGUCAGGGGAUGGCGGAGAGACAGUCGCACAGUCAGGGGAUGGCGGAGAGACAGAGGAUGGAGAGACGUCAGGGAUGAGAGUGCCCCCCCCCCCCCGGAGCCGCUCCCCCUCCCUCCCCCAAUCAGACAGCUCCGCUCCCACCCUGAGUCUGUGACCCCAAUGCCCGAUGUUCAGUGACCUUCCUGCCCGGAGAGGGGAGAGGGACCGGCCGGGCACAGGGAGCUGCAGUCCGCUCAGGGCCAACAUGGAGACCGCCACCCACCUGCGCUUUGGCCACGCCCCCCUGGACCUCACCGUGUCGUCAGAGAACCUGAGUCGGCGCCUCCAGCGGGAAAUGGGCAGCAGCCUGACCUGGCAUGACGGGCGCGGGCACCGCUCAGCCACAGGGAGGGCAAUUAAGCUCCUCAAACAGCCCGGAACUGAGGUCACCCAGGUCCGGCCCAGCGGUCACUAUGGGGUUUAUCACACGAGUCCGACCUUCAGCUGCGGCACCAAACCCGUGGUUCUGUGGAGCCAACAGGACGUCUGCAAGUGGCUAAAGAAGCAUUGUCCCUACAACUAUCUCACCUACGUGGAGGCCUUUGCCCACCAUGCCAUCACAGGUCGGGCCCUGCUGAGGUUGAAUGCGGAAAAGCUGCAGCGAAUGGGAAUUACCCAUGAGUCUCAGUGGCAGGAGGUGCUACAACAGGUGCUGCAGUUGCAGGUGAGAGAGGAAGUGAGGAACCUGCAGCUGCUCAGUCAGGGUAAGAAGGGAGAGGACUGGGGGGUAUUUGUGCCCCCGGCUGCCCCCACUCACCCCCUGGUGUAUCUCACAGCUUCCUAUGGAGACUUCUGAGCCGAGAGCCUGAGGGACUGAGAUCACUGUGACUGUCACAUCUGGGAUUGGCUACCUCAUCCUCCAAUCAGCAGCCGGGACCGGCCGGGGGGGGGGAUCCUGCAUGAACAUUCCUGGCACCUCAACUACAUGUCUGUUCCCUCAAGCAAAUCAACUGCAGCACAAGAAUCCUUCAGAGAGUCCAGCAGGAACUGUCGGCGGCAGAGUCUCCCCCAGAACUGCACUUUGUCUGUUGUACAGCAGGGGGCGCUGUGUCUGCUUUUGUCUGUGUGUAACGAGUAGGGGAAAUGGCUGUGAGUAGGGAGUAGGAGCAGUGCAGGGCUGUGAGUAGGGAGUAGGAGCAGUGCAGGGCUGUGAGUAGGGAGUAGGAGCAGU